AUAUCCACGAUUUCACCUGGACCAUGGAAAUCCUUCCUCAGAAAACAGAGACACGAACCGAUACGAAGUGAAGCUCCACGAGAUCAAAGCAUCUGACUGAACAAUUCUGGCUACUCCGAAGCGAGCCAUGGUUGAGCUCAGGCACUCGACCUCGCUUGGGAACAGAGCCACUUCCUCGCCAAUGAAGCGGGACGAAGAUUCAUCCCCUUUAGUCCCCGACCGCCAGUCUGAAGACGAUGACGAUCGUGAUCGCCAUUCGAUCCGUGAUCGCUAUUACUCCAGGCUCAGUUUUCAAUCGCUAUGCCCUUACUUUGGCGACGAUGCUAGGGUUUCUCCGUAUAACUCCAGGAUCUCACUCUUCUUUGUGUUUCUAGUAGUCGCUGGUGGUUUGAUCGCUGUUUUCUCGAUUAUUAAACGUUUGAAUUCCCCGUACUUGUGUGAAAAAGAGGGCAUUACUCUUCAUUGUCCACCGGUUAAGGAACGUCCUUCACUCUGGGAGAAUCCUUAUUCAGCCACCACAUCUUGGAAGCCUUGUGCUGAGCUUCGUGAUUCUGAAAUCAUAGAUCUUCCACCUGAAAAUGAAACAAAUGGCUAUAUAUUCAUCCAUGCUGAAGGCGGUCUCAAUCAGCAGAGAAUUGCUAUAUGCAAUGCGGUUGCUGUGGCUAAAAUACUAAAUGCAACACUUAUUUUGCCAGUUUUAAAGCAAGAUCAGAUCUGGAAGGACCAAACGAAAUUUGAGGACAUUUUUGAUGUAGAUCAUUUCAUUAAUUACCUGAAGAAUGAUGUGCAAAUUGUUCGUGAUAUUCCUGAUUGGUUUACGGACAAAUCAGAGCUAUUUACAAGUAUAAGACGGACAGUCAAGAACAUCCCGAAGUAUGCACCAGCACAAUUUUACAUUGACAAUGUACUUCCUCGAAUCAAAGAGAAGAAGAUAAUGGCGCUAAAACCUUUUGUUGAUCGGCUUGGGUAUGACAACGUUCCUUCAGAAAUCAACAGGCUAAGGUGCAGAGUAAACUAUCAUGCUCUUAAAUUUCUUCCUGACAUAGAGAACAUGGCUGAUGUAUUAGCUUCAAGGAUGAGAAGUCGCACAAACAGCUCAAAUCCAUAUAUGGCUCUUCAUUUGAGGUUUGAGAAAGGAAUGGUUGGACUGUCGUUUUGUGACUUUGUGGGGACAAGAGAGGAGAAAGUCAAAAUGGCAGAGUAUAGGAAAAAAGAAUGGCCACGUAGAUAUAAGAAUGGUUCCCACCUGUGGCAACUGGCCCUGCAGAAAAGAAAGGAAGGACGGUGCCCUCUUGAGCCUGGAGAAGUAGCCGUAAUUCUUAGAGCAAUGGGCUAUCCAAAGGAAACCCAAAUCUAUGUUGCAUCCGGACAGGUGUAUGGCGGACAGAAUAGGAUGGCACCACUAAGGAACAUGUUCCCAAAUCUGGUGACGAAGGAAGAGCUAGCUACCAAGGAGGAGUUGGAUAGCUUCAGAAAGCACGUCACAAGCUUAGCAGCACUGGACUUCUUAGUCUGCUUGAAGUCGGAUGUGUUUGUGAUGACCCAUGGAGGUAACUUCGCAAAACUGAUAAUCGGGGCACGAAGAUAUUUGGGCCACCGUCUAAAAUCCAUAAAACCAGACAAAGGGCUAAUGUCAAAAUCCUUUGGAGACCCAUACAUGGGGUGGGCCCCUUUCGUAGAGGAUGUGGUUGUGACCCACCAAACCCGUACUGGAUUACCGGAAGAGACCUUUCCCAACUAUGACCUAUGGGAGAAUCCCCUUACCCCAUGCAUGUGCAGAGCUUAAUCAAAACACGUGGGAUUUGAACCCUCGAUUGUUUUGGAGAAUCUCCUUCCUUUCAUCAAUAUCCCAUUUAUUUCUUUUUGAAAAUGGUGUGGCUAUUGGUGAAAUGGGAGAUUGAAUAGAAUAGUUACUGCCCCUUCGGAGCACUCCACACCAAUCUUUGUGGAUCUGUUUUUUGUAUCCUUAACGAGAGAAAGAACUAAGUUUGAUGAGCAGUUUUGUGCCCUAAGAUGGAGUAUGGACGGUUUUGUACCUGAAAUGUCCAAGGUAUCCGGUUCGUAUAAGCAGCUCCUGGGAUGAAUUAUAUGAACUGCCCCAUCCCCAUGAACCAUUUAACUUUCUUCUUUUUCUUCUGUUUGUAGCUCGAUUUGAUUUCGUUCUUAGUAAAUAUGUUGAUUAACGUAACGUCAUUGCUCACAUCUUAUACAACAGCAAUUU